CAUACGAUCCUAGUAAUAGUUUUCAUUCCGUCGAUUACUUAUUCUUACUGUAAACAAGUCGAAUAUAACGGACUUACAUUUUCUGUAGGAGAAUUUCAGAAGAGGUUGUUUAGAUACUACAUCAUGGCAUCACUUAGUACAUGACAUCACUAAUGAUGAGACGUCAUGAAUGACGUGUCAGAACACGCGUAACACGUAAGAGUAGAGAAAAUGAUGAAAUUUUCAAAGUUUCAGUUUUUCUACGGAAUGGUAAAUGUUUACAGACGAAAGAAAAAGAUCAGAAGUUUCCAUUCAGGCGGCAGAUAUUAAGUUUUUGAGAUAGUGUUACCAGAUGGUUGAAAUUGUAUAAUUUCUUGUUUCAUAAUAGAUUAUCAGUAAUCGCAUAUCUGUUAUUAAAAUAAACUGUAAUAUUUCUCUGGUUACAUUUCUUCAUUGUUGAUAAAAUCAAAUAGAGAACCUUUUUUCUCCAGUUUAGAAAGUUCAAGAAAGGGACUAGAAUCUGCUGUUAAAGAUUCGAGCUCCAAGCUAAAGAAGAGUUUCAUAGAGAUGGAGUUACACUUGAAGGAACCAAUCAAACGCAGUCUGACAAACAUUACAAGAGGAGAUUUUUCUGAAAUCUGGGAAGUAGACACUCCAGAGAAGAACAAUUUAAUAUGGUCUGUAAUGACACCAUAUUUAUUGUCUUCAGCUGAAAUUGGAAAUUUUGAAACCAGCAUGCAGUUGCUCAUUGGCGAUGGCGAUGAGGUUCAACGCCUGAUGGAUAGUAUUAAUUUAAGAGAGAAAUUGAAUCCUACAGUUAUACAAAAUCUGGUACGAAGAAAAAAUCCUUUAGUUGAUCAACACUCUCUAUACAUUGAGAAUGAUGUACGUAAUUUAAUGCGAUUGUUUAAAAAGAGAUUGGAUUUUCUUACAAAUGACUUGAGCAGAACAACGGGUAAUAAGUUCAAUGAUUUUCUAAGACUUCAAGCAGCAGCGAAUUCUAUUGAAUGUCAGAUAGAUCUCUUUGAUGAAAAUAAUGUGCUGUUCAAAUCAUUCUUUCCUGAUAAUUUAACGGAAAAACUUGUUGAAAAAGAAGGUGUAAUUCUUUUUGUGCAUUUAGUCUCGGGAACAAAUAUUUUUCGAUAUGGUUUGCGAAGUGACUAUGCUUUGCAUUCUAGAAAUAAACAUUUAAAGGGUAUUUUGAAACUAGCCAAAAUCCCUCCGGAUAAAAUCGAUACACUGUUUAAUCCACAUCCAUCUGAACAAUUACUUCUCCAGAUACUACAAAGUGCCGAGCGAGAGAUUGUGCAUAAUAUUUAUGAAUCUGCUUUCAUUUUGGAAAAGUUAUCAUCUGCAGGAUACGACAUGAGUCCAGAAUCGAAAGACAACGAAGGUUUUUCAGCAUUUCAUCAUUGCUUAAAAUCUGAUGACUGGGCGCUAUUUCUCAAACUUUAUAACUAUCCUACAAAAAGCAUGCACUUUUCGAGUAUUUAUGACGAUGAUCAUCAUUGGAAAGUAUUGGAGUCUUUUGAAGUUACAAUAACAAAUGAUUAUAUGAAUUUAAAGAAAGAUUUAUAUGAAAAACUUGUAUUUUGUACGGAAGAUUCAAUAAGUAUUCUUCUUUCGUAUGAACAAAUCCUCCAUUUCAUUACGUUACAUAAAAAUUUCUUGAAAAAAAUGAGCUACAUAAUGAGAAACUCCACUUCAAGCAAUAGUGAUAAAGCUAAAAACUUACUAACGUUAUUAAUAAACGAAUACAAUAGCCAUUUCUAUUUUCGCAGCAAUCGAUGGGAUGAGUUUGAAGAAUAUUUUUCAUGCUAUGCAUAUCAUAAAAUACUAGAUGAUUAUAUUAGUUUGUGUUUCACUGAUUUUUUCAUGUCAUUAGGUAACAUAGUUGAUGUGAAUAACGAAAAAUCACUGGAAGAUGCUUUAAUAAACUUAUUGAAAUACUUCAGCAGUAAAGUUUAUUGUGGGAAACUUGGAUUCAGAACAAGAGAUUACAAACCUGAAGAAAAAACUAUUUUUUUCGCAAUUUUUUGUUACAGAGUAGAGUGGAAGUCAUCCCUAGAUGUUUUGUUGCAAACAUUACAGAGUAGUUUUGCUGAUAAAGGCAAAAAUACAACACAGCUUAUCUUUGAGACAUGCAUGAAGAAAUUUCCACUUUUAAAGGAAGAUUAUGAAAUUAUGAAUUUGAAAAUGCAUUUCAAAAUGGCUGACUCUGCUGAUUUUUCUAAAGACUCAUUAAAAUCAGCUUUUAUUGUUGAAAGAGCCUUACAUAUAAUUGGAGAAACUAUUUGCAGUGUAACAGAUGGAUGCAUGAUUACUCCAUUAUUAAGUUAUUGUUUAUCACCCGAUUUAGAAAGAGCAUUUUGUGACAUGCGAAAUAAUUGUCUUGCUCAUUAUAAAGCAAGCUCUGUCAAAGGGAGGGAAGCUAUUGAAAAAGGUUCAUACUUGAACAAUAUUCAACCAGAACUAAACAUAUUGUCUGAUAAACUUAAUCCAAUAUUUAAAUUACAAUCGUUUCGAGUAAAACAAGAAAUUCUUGAAAAAUGUAUGAAAGAAUAUCACAAUACUCCCACGAAAUUGCAACCACAAAGGGUUGAGGUUCUUCGUCGGUUGAUGAAAAUAGAGAUUAAAAUCUUACGAUCAAGAAAAAACAUUUACAGCAGUUAUAAAAAUGAAUAUGUAUCUCUACUCUAUAAAAUUCUUAAAUGUAUUUUGCAAGAAUUAAAAACAAAGAAAGUUUCGGAAUUACGAAUGCGUUUCGAGCACUUUAAAUAUUUACUUAGUUACGAUGAAAAGAAAGUCAAAGUUUGGGAUAUUUUUGACAUUUUAUCGCAGUUACAUAUGCAAAUGUAUGCAAUAUUUGAAAAAAAUGACAUUAAGACAGACAUUACACAAGACAUGUCGAAUGAAAUUUUAAAUACUUUUAAAAACGUUGAAGAAAAAUUUGAUUCUCACGUAUCUGACUUAGCACUAGACUAUUUUAAUGAAGACGAGUUCUCAAUCUUAAAAAGUAUAACCUGUAACAUAGUAAUGAGUUCCUAUUCCUCUAUUGAAAUAGAAAAACUUAUGAAGGAACUUUCAGUUUUUUAUAUGAGAAAUAGUAAAUCAAUUAAAAUAAUGACAAGAGGACUUUAUCAAAAUUUUAAAAGCACUUUUCAGGAAUUAAAAAAUAAAAAAAUAACAAAAGUCGAAGAAUUACAAAAACGUUUCAAGUAUUUUGAACCUAUUGUUAAUGAUUGUACUAAAAAACGGAAAAUUUUUGAUAUUUUAUCACAGUUAGUUGCACAAGUUGAUGCAAUAUUAGAAAGAAACACUGCAGGAAUAGUGACAGACAUUUCACAAGACAGAACGAAUGAUAUUCUAAAUAUUUUUAACCAAGUUGAAGAAAUACUUAAUUCUCACUUGUCUGCUGUAACAAAAGAGUUUGAAAAUAAAAAUGAAUUCGUAAACUUAAAAGAUUUAUUCAAUAAGAUAGAAAAAUAUGAGUAUUUUUCUCCUAUUGAAGCAGAAAAAAUUAGGGAUGAAUUUUCAGAUAUUUUGAAGACACCAUUUGAAUCAAGACAAAUAUUAAUUGAUCACUUAAACAAUAAAAAUCCUUUAACGACCGAAGAAAUUAAUACACAUGUUGAAACACUUUUUGUACCAAAAACACUGAGAGAAAAAAUAAGGAAGAGUUUGAUAAGAGAUCCACCAAAAGCUUUGUUAAUGAUACGUGACAUUAAAGACAACGUAGAAACAAUAUUAGGCAAAAAAGAGGAUACUAGUUAUAAAUUUAUGAAAAUUUUCUUGGAUGACAUGUUCAUAAAAAAAAUUAAACUCCUAAACCUUCCACUGUUUCUACAUGAAAAAAUACGAAAUCUUCACUCUCAGAAGCUUGAUUUUGCGAUUGAAAGGCUUCAAUACAUGAAACAAGUUCUAACUAAAGAUGACCAUUCUCUAUGUAAAUGGUUAGACAAUGAAAAGAAGACAUUGAAAGAAGAAAACUACACGAAACAGUUAAUGGUGCAACGUUACGCGAAUGAAAUAGAUACCAAAGCUGCGUUGGAAACUCUUUUAUUGGAUUAUCUUAAUAUAAUUAAUUGUAAUAAAGAAUUUUAUGAAAUGAAGCGGAAAUCUUCAUCUCUUUUUUGUGGCAUCAAUUUAAGAAACAUUUUGUCCCACCAAAGCCCGGUGGUAGAAAUUUCGAAUAUGGUCUUGGACGAUAAAAAUUUAGCCAAUGAAUUUAUGAACAAGAUUUACAUGUACUUGGAAGAUUUAAAACCCUUGGUAGCUCUGUCAGAUUUCUACAAAGUCAUGAGAUGUCCAAAGAAGAAAAAGUUUGAAGCACUGAUAAAAGAUGAAAAAACUCAAGAUGCAUACUCACUAUUUAGGAAUACCAUUAAAUCGUGUGACAAAUGGAAACUGUACUUGCUUUUACUUCCUGAGGAAUGAUGACAUCAAACGUUGACACUAAAACAAUAUCACAUUUAAAGAUUAAGGAAGGCUAUGUCUAUUUUUUUUAUAAAAAUGACAGUUGGAUCACCAGCCAAUGCUCCCCCCCCCCGAGAGUUAUAACACAGUAAAGAUGGGCCGUACUAUGGGAAAACAAUUUUUUCUUCAGGAUCAGCUUUCUAGCAUAGAUUGUUUUUUCCCUCAGUGUCUACAGUUGAAAUGCAUGAAAUACGUUUUUCUUUAACCCUUUGCUUACGGUGUACCAUCACAUGUGGUCCAUAUGUUGUACCAGCCGAAAACAUAAAGUGCUAAGAUUUAUUAUAAACUUCUUUACAUUUGUUGCAUCGGCAGAGUUAAACAUCGCACUUUAUAUUCCAGAUUUGAUUUUCAGGAACAGGAAAAAUGUCAGGCAUGUUAGAUCAGCAUGGUAGAUGAUCUAAUGGACAAUAUUUGGUUUUUGAUGUGCUCCUCGAUAAGCAUCGAACUACACAGCAGCAGACAGUCAUGGUUGUGAUGAAAACUCAAAUAUUUUAAAUUUUCGUGAUGAAAGAUUCGAUAACCUUUUGAAUCAAAUUAUCAUUUAAAAAAAUCUUUCAUACAUUUUCA